UUAACAUUUCGUUACUAUGGUUUCGAGCUGCUUUCAAAAAUAAUGACAACAAAACAAAUUGGAAGGAAAUAAGAAAUAUUCUUGCUUUAAAGAAAAUAUAAAACUAUUAAUUAAACUAAAUAAAUAAAAUACAAUGUUUCGUCGUGGUAAAUUGCAUUUUCUCAGCAGCAAAGAUGAUCGCAUCAAAAUAAUGAACGAGCGCAUAAAUUUGACGGAGAAACAUUUGUUGGAGAUCUGUGCUUCCUUUGCAGCUUGCACCAGGAAAAUAGCGAAAUGCCGCAAUGCUUUCGAUGAUUUGGGGCACAAGGUUAAGAAUUUCGCAGAAGAGGAGAAGAUCAAUUAUAGCUUGAGUGAUGGCCUAAACUCCAUUACGACUUCUUUAACUGUGCAAGCGGAUUAUAUGGAUUUGUUGGUGCAUCGCAUGGAAGUGAAGAUUGUCAAUGAGCUGAGUCAAUUCGAGAAUCUUUGUAAAACCACAAGAGACAAUUUGCGCGCAGCAACAAUUGCACGUGAUAAAGAGGUCUUGAAACAACAACAAUUAAUUGAAAUCAAAUCAAAGUUUACAGCAAAUAACACAGCUGCUGAUUCGGAAUUGCUGAAAGCCAAAUUGGAGGUGAAUCGCUCAAACAAGGAAAUAGAUGAAAUUAUCAAUAGUUUUGAAAAGCGUAAACUCUCAGAGAUCAGAUCGCUACUAACCGAUUUCAUACUAAUCAGUCUCAAAUAUCACACCAAAACGCUGGAGGUGCUUUCGGCCAGUUAUUAUGACGUGUCAAAUAUAGAUGAAACUGGUGAUUUUAAUGAAUUUCAAAAAUUAAUGAAAACUAAAACGGAGCCCACUGGAAGAAAGCAGGCACUGAAGAAGGGCAUGCGUUCACAAUCGAUGGAUAGUUUAGAUCACGAUACGCUUUUGAGUCCCUUGAAACAUACGAAAAAACUUUCGCGCAGCAAUAAAAGUUUAACUGGCAAAACAGAAGAUGAGCACGACAACGAGCGAGACGACGAUGAUGAGGAAGAGGAUGAAGAUGAUGAUGACGAAGAGGAUUUAGAGGCAUCUGCUGAUAACACAAAUGACGAAGAGGAACACUCUGGCACCGCUUCAGAUGAUGAUGAGCGCACAGAAAGCAUCUCGGAGGCCAAACCGACAACGCAUGCUAAUAAAGCGGAUGAGAAGAAAGCAAAGGAACAAACAAAACAGCCUUUCCGUGCUACGUCCGCCGCGCACGUCAGCAAGUCACAAAGUCUACACAAGCCUUUCGCUGCUAAAAGUGGCGUUGGCAUACCAACUUUGCAGAAGCGUGCUUCAGCACCACAUUUCGGCGUCAGGGAACAUCAGCUGAAAAGUAACCCUAGCAACGUAACAAUGACACUGGAUGGGCCAAGUAGUCGCUUAGUGACAAUUGUUGAAUCGAAGAAGUGAAUAUGCAAAAAUAUCUUAAUACUGCUAAUGAAUCGUCGAUAUUGAUUAUACAAACAAGACAUAUUUGCAUAAAUUGUAUAUAUCUAAUGUAUCAAUAAACUCUUCCGCAUAUAUGUAAUUGAAAUAAAUAAUUUAAUUACUCGUAUGUUUGAGACAUUCAAAAAUUCAUCAUUUCUUUGGUUUAAAAUUAAUGUGUUUAUUAUUUCAAGUUUUUCAAAAACCAAUAAUUAUUAUUUUUUAAAUAAUGAAGUUGAAUUCAAUUACAUAGGGAGAAUUAAAUAAAUACUAACUUGUUACAGCCCAUUUCUGUUAACCGCUCAAUAAUUGUUUUUUCAUUUUAAUUAUAACAAAAGUUUAAAAAUCUUAUCUGUUAUGUAUUUUUUUUAUUCACUUAUUUAAGUUAAUGUACUUAAUUAAAUGUUUUGUGUUUGAUUCAAGCCAAUUCUUAUCAGCAAUGUAUGUUGCUUUUUCGUGCGCAUUUGUGGAGAUCGACUUUUAUGCCUGUGUGUAUGUAUGUAUGUGCAAUAAUACAUGGUUUGCUUUGGGAUUACAUAGAAAUAUUUGUAAUCCAUUACGAUUUGUUAAUUAAUGAGCAAUGUCUAUAUGUACGCUUCAUGGCAAUA